GAAGCAGUGGGGAAGGUGCCUGGAGGCCAGCAGGCACUGAGGUCUUCCCGGUCUGACCGGGCAGUUACAGCUCAGCCCAUCCCCUGGCCCCUCCCCGCUGCCGGCCAGAGUCACACAUGUGUUUUCCUGUUUUCCAUUUUGGUCGUCACCCUCUGUCUUUUCUGCUCCUCUGAGUCAACAGCUGCUGCAGCUCGAGUCAUACCCCUGAUUCUUUACCACCCUCUCCCCAGGGUGCUGUUAGCCUCUCUUUCCUUUGUACUUGCCCACAGGUCUCUGGACAGAGGGCAAUGCCAGGAAGCUGGUGAAGGCUCUCCUCCUCUCCGCCAUGGUCAACAGCACCAAGUAUGAAGUGGCCCCCCAGCACGAGGCAGAUGCCUCCCCUCUAGGCCAUGCAGCCAGCCCAGGGACUGAGCAGGUAAAACUGAAGAAGGAGAUCUCGCUGCUUAAUGGCGUGUGCCUGAUAGUGGGGAACAUGAUUGGCUCCGGCAUCUUUGUGUCCCCCAAGGGUGUGCUCAUGUACAGCGCCUCCUUUGGCCUCUCACUGGUCAUCUGGGCUGUCGGGGGCAUUUUCUCCGUUUUUGGGGCCCUUUGUUAUGCCGAACUGGGUACCACGAUUAAGAAAUCUGGGGCCAGCUAUGCUUACAUCCUGGAGGCCUUCGGGGGACUUCUUGCCUUCAUCCGCCUCUGGACCUCUCUGCUCAUCAUCGAACCCACCAGCCAGGCGGUCAUUGCCAUCACCUUUGCCAACUACAUGGUGCAGCCCCUCUUCCCAAGCUGUGGUGCCCCAUAUGCUGCUGGCCGUCUGCUGGCUGCUACCUGUAUCUGUCUCUUAACCUUCAUUAACUGUGCCUAUGUCAAGUGGGGAACCCUGGUCCAAGACAUUUUCACCUAUGCUAAAGUAUUGGCGCUGAUCGCGGUCAUCAUCACAGGCAUUGUUAGGCUUGGCCAGGGAGCCUCAACUAACUUUGAGAAUUCCUUUGAGGGCUCAUCAUUUGCAACGGGUGACAUCGCCCUGGCACUGUACUCAGCCUUGUUCUCCUACUCCGGCUGGGACACACUGAACUACGUCACCGAAGAGAUCAAGAAUCCCGAGAGGAACUUGCCCCUCUCCAUUGGCAUUUCCAUGCCCAUCGUCACCAUCAUCUACCUCUUGACCAACGUGGCCUAUUACAGCGUGCUAGACAUUAAGGACAUCUUGGCCAGCGAUGCUGUUGCUGUGACUUUUGCAGACCAGAUUUUUGGAAUAUUCAACUGGACAAUUCCACUAGCGGUUGCAUUGUCCUGUUUUGGUGGUCUCAAUGCUUCCAUUGUGGCUGCUUCUAGGCUUCUGUUUGUGGGCUCGAGAGAAGGCCAUCUCCCUGAUGCCAUCUGCAUGGUCCAUGUUGAGCGGUUCACGCCCGUGCCCUCUCUGCUCCUCAAUGGCAUCUUGGCAUUGAUCUACCUGUGUGUGGAGGACAUUUUCCAGCUCAUUAACUACUACAGCUUCAGCUACUGGUUUUUUGUGGGCCUUUCUAUUGUGGGUCAGCUUUAUCUACGUUGGAAGGAGCCGGAUCGGCCUCGGCCUCUCAAGCUCAGCCUUUUCUUCCCCAUUGUCUUCUGCCUCUGUACCAUCUUCCUGGUGGCUGUUCCACUUUACAGUGAUACCGUCAACUCCCUCAUCGGCAUUGGCAUUGCGCUCUCAGGCUUGCCAUUUUACUUCUUCAUCAUCAGAGUGCCGGAACACAAACGACCUCUUGGCCUUCGAAGGAUCGUGGCAUCCACCACAUGGUACCUCCAGAUCCUAUGCAUGUCAGUUGCUGCAGAAAUGGAUUUGGAAGAUGGAGAGAUACCCAAGCGAGAUCCCAAGUCGAAAUAGAGUCUGGAAUUCUGAGAUGUGGUUGAGCAGGAGCUUCUUGUCUCCUAUUGGCUAGAGCCAAGGAAAAGGAGAGCAAUCUUCUGGCAGACCCAUCUAGGAGCUGGGCUGUGGCAGCUUCACCUUGGACUUGCUUUUGAGAGAUGAAAGUAAUUUAUUUGUUUUGCUACAUGUUGUUCCAGACUUUGUUGGAUACCAGACCUUGUAGGAAGCAGGCCACUUACGGGCUUGAUUGUUCCAGCAGCACCUGGGUGUGCCGACCUGCUCCUGUUUUCCUUUACUAGGGCCAACAAUGCUCCAAACUUGUCUCCUUUAGAGACAUGAAAUUGUCACAGUGUGAAAUAAAAGGGUUAUGAAGUUUGA